AGCACAGAGCUUCCAUGGCCACAGAUUCUUGAGCUGAAGUGUAAAACUUCCCAUGCAUUUCGCCGGUCGCUGUGCAUAGCCCACGCUCGACGCCGACCGACCAUGGCCAUGGCGAAGGCGCAGCUCGUCGCCCGGUUCUCCGUCGAGGUGGCGCCGCCGCAUCUGUCGUCGUCGAUCAUCGGGCGCCGGCGCCGCUGGUUCCCUGCAACGAUGCUGGACACGAUAGCGGAGGAGGAGCCGGAGGCGCCGGCUGCGGCGGCCAUAGUCAUGGAGCUGUCGACGAGGUACACGGUGUUGCGUGGCGUCAUCGCUGCCGCAGUGGCGGCGCCGCCACCACCGCCGCCUACUCCUCCUCCUCGCAACAAUGUGGUGAUGGUCGGCAGCAGCUCCUUGGUCGUGGUGCGCGCCGAGACGACCAAGGAGAAGCGGCGCGUCGUCGUCGUCGGGAGCUCGGCCUCCGCUGCCGUCGUCCACGGCGAGAAGAAGCGGGUCCCCAUCGACCAACCGGCGCCGGCGCCGGCGGCCAAAGCAGCAGCGUGCUCCAGCAUCGGCGCGUAAACUCGAUCGACACUCAUGGUGAUGCUCUCGUUGUGGUUUUAGUCGAAGAACGAAUGCGUCAUGCUAGUAAUGCUCUCUGCCCAUGACAGCUACAUAUGCAGCUAAUAAAAUGGUUCUUACUUAAUACGGAGUACUACGUGUCUACUCGCGUGUAUAUUAACGUAUGUGUAUGUACCGUACGUGGUUAAUUAGUAAAAAUAUAACGAUUAACCCUACUUUCA